AUGAGCAUAAGCGGAAUCCAAAUAGGUGGUGAGAAAAGAGUUGUAUGGAGCGGUCACGCAAGGAUAGCAACAGGGAGGGCCUUGGCAGACAUCCGAACAUAUCAUUUUGACUCUGAAAAAUCCGCUCUUCUUCCAUCAAAGAAAAAGCGUGUCGUCAUCGAAGACACUGAAGGCAGGAGUACCGGUAUCACUCAGGAAGACCUGGUGAUUCUGAAAACUGAAUGCGUAGAAGAUGAAGUCGAAGACAUCGAGGAAGCCUGA